AUGAUGAAUGGGAGCCGUUGGAUAAUUUACCACCUCUGGGUCCUAAUAACACCCUCCCGGCUCCCCCUGCUCCCCCUCCGGUACCGGUAAUAUCUCCGGCAGUGCGGCCAAGGCCCCCGAGGCCUCUGCCUCCAGCACAAACAGCACCAGAGUUAGAUCUGCCUCCGGCUGCAUGUACAAGAAGUAAGACUGCCGUAUCUGAGGAAACCCCUCUAUAUCCAUUAAGAGAAGUACCUCUUGGAGGCAAUCAGGGAGGUAUUGGGUUUGUGGCAGUCCCUUUAAACACCACAGAGGUGAGAACUUUUAGAAAAGAGAUGGGGACCCUGUUAAAUGACCCCCUCGGAGUAGCCGAAAAACUAGAUCAAUUCCUGGGUCCUAACACUUAUACCUGGGAAGAAAUACAAUCCAUUUUAGGCAUUUUAUUUACUGCUGAGGAAAGGGGAAUGAUCAGGCAAGCUGGAAUGAGAAUUUGGGAAAGACAAAAUCAAGCAGGACCCCCAGGAGAUCAAAAAUGGCCAAAUGUGGAUCCCCACUGGGACCACCAGCAACCCCAGGGGAGACAAAAUAUGAGAGAUUUGAGAACAAUAAUUAUACAAGGAAUAAGAGAAGCGGUUCCACGAGGAAAAAACAUUAAUAAAGCAUUCAAUGAACACCAAGGAAAAGAGGAACCUCCAACGGAAUGGUUGGAGAGAUUAAAGAAAAGCCUGCAAAUGUAUUCAGGGAUCGAUCCGAAUACAGCAAUUGGAACCGCACUUCUUAGAACACAAUUCGUAGCCAAAUCCUGGGGGGACAUAAGAAGGAAAUUAGAAAAGCUAGAAAACUGGCAAGAGAGAGGAUUAGAAGAGUUACUUAGAGAAGCGCAAAAAGUAUAUGUCAGGAGAGAUGAGGAGAAACAAAAAACAAAAGCCAAGAUCUUUGUAGCAGCAAUAAAAGAGAGUCAGAAAAAACCCUUGUCAGGAGAGAGGGAAAAGAGAAGAAGUAUCGAAGAAGCCCCUAGAGGUCAGCCGUCUCAAGGGAAUUCAGUGAUCCCCGCUUGUUACUAUUGUCAAAAGAAGGGACAUUUGCAGAAGAAUUGCCGUAAGCGGGAACAAGACGAGAAAAUGUUUAAAGAAGAAUAGGGGUGUCAGGGGCUAUAUCUUCUGGGGACUUCAACAUCAACAGAGCCCUUGAUAAAAUUAUUAAUUGGUCCCCAAAAAGAAGAAGUACUAUUUUUAGUAGACACGGGAGCUGAAAGAUCCACUAUUCAAAAACUCCCAGAGGGGAUAAAAGAAGGGAAAAAUUACACGUCUGUAAUAGGGGCAAAAGGAGAGCCUUUUAAGGUUCCUGUUUUAAAAGAUGUGGAAAUAGAAACUGAUCAAAAGAUUUGUCUUAAUGAUUUACUUCUGCUCCCUGAAGCGGAGUACAAUUUACUGGGAAGGGAUCUGAUUUUAAAAUUAAACUUAAGCAUUCAAAGUCAAGGGGAUAAAUUGCAAAUUAAAUUAUACACUUUAACACAAAAAGAUGAAGAGGUUAUUAACCCUUCAGUGUGGUAUAAGGAAGGGGAAAUUGGAAAAAUGAGAAUGGACCCCAUAAAUGUGCAAAUAAUGGAUCCACAUCGUCCUAUUCGAAUUAAACAAUACCCUAUACCAAUGGAGGGUCGAAGGGGAUUAAAACCCAUAGUUGAUAGACUUUUGGAAGAAGGGACUUUAGAACCAUGUAUGUCACCUCACAAUACACCCAUCCUCCCUGUAAAAAAAUCGGAUGGGUCGUACAGAAUGGUACAGGAUUUGAGAGCUGUAAAUCAGCGAACAAUCACUAAAUUCCCUGUGGUAGCAAAUCCUUACACUCUGCUGAGUCACAUCUCUCCCAAAUAUACUUGGUAUAGCGUAAUAGAUCUAAAAGAUGCCUUUUGGACCUGUCCUUUAGAUGAAAAUUCCAGGGAUUAUUUUGCUUUUGAAUGGGAAGACCCGGAAACGGGACGAAAACAACAAUUAAGGUGGACCGUGCUACCACAAGGUUUCACUGAGUCACCAAAUCUAUUUGGUCAAACUUUGGAGAAAGUUUUACAAGAUUUCACAUUACCCGGGGAGGUAAAGUUGUUGCAAUAUGUGGAUGAUUUAUUAAUAGCUGGAGAGACUGAAGAAGGAACCCGAAAAGCUACUAUUGAUUUGUUAAAUUUCCUAGGGGAAAAGGGAUUAAAGGUGUCUCGGUCAAAGUUACAAUUUGUGGAACAGGAGGUAAAAUACUUAGGACACUGGUUGAGCAGAGGAGAAAAGAAAUUGGAUCCUGACAGGGUAUCCGGGAUCCUCUCCUUAAGACCCCCACGAACUAAAAAGGAAAUUCGGCAAACAUUGGGAUUAUUAGGAUAUUGUAGACCGUGGCUUGAAAGCUAUAGUGAGAAGGUUAAAUUUUUAUAUGAGAAAUUAAUUGAUGAUCAAUUUAAGUGGUCCGCAGAAGAUGACCAAAAAUUUGAAGAAAUAAAAAAAGCAUUAAUACAAGCACCUGUACUAAGUCUCCCAGAUCUAGAGAAACCCUUUUAUCUCUUUGUGAACACAUCAAAUCAGACAGCAUAUGGAGUCCUUACUCAAGAAUGGGCAGGAAUUAAAAAACCCGUGGGGUAUUGUUCUAAAUUACUUGAUCCAGUAAGCAGGGGGUGGCCUGCUUGUCUUCAAGCUUUGGUCGCUACAGCAUUAUUAAUAGAAGAAGUGAGAAAGAUUACUUUCAGUGCCCCCUUAAAAGUGUACACUCCACACAAUGUCAGAAGCGUCUUACAACAGAGAGCGGAGAAAUGGUUAACAGACAGUCGGAUCCUAAAGUAUGAAGCUAUACUAAUUGACUCCCCUGAUUUAGAACUGAAGGUAACUUCUGCUCAGAGCCCAGCACAAUUUUUAUUUGGAAAACCAUCAGAGGAAUUACAACAUAAUUGUCUGGAGGUAAUUGAGACCCAGACUAAAGUAAGACCUGAUUUGAGAGAUACUGAAUUAGAGAAGGGGGAGAUACUAUUCAUAGACGGUUCCUCUAGAGUAGUAGAAGGAAAAAGAAAAUCAGGAUAUGCCAUAAUUAAUAAACACCUAGAAUCUGUGGAAUCAGGCCCCCUGAGUCCAUCGUGGUCAGCUCAGGCUUGCGAGCUGUAUGCCCUACACAGGGCCCUGGAGCUAUUGAAGGGAAAAAGUGGAACUAUAUAUACAGAUUCUAAAUAUGCAUAUGGAGUGGUUCACACCUUUGGAAAGAUUUGGGAGGAAAGAGGUUUAAUUAAUACGCAAGGGAAAAAUCUUAUACAUCAAGAAUUAAUAAGGAAAAUUUUAAAAGCAUUAAGGGAACCUAAAGAAAUAGCAGUAGUACAUGUAAGAGGGCACCAGAAAGGAUUGGAAUAUCACACUAGGGGAAAUAAUCUAGCAGAUAAAGAAGCUCAAGAAGCAGCUUUAAGAAUUCAGGCUGCUAAAAUCAAUAUAGUACAGGAAGAAGAAAGACAGGAAGAAGAAAAAGAAGAAGAAGAAAAGAGGUUCACUCCUGAAGAACGAACAAAACUGGAAAAAAUAGGUGCUAAAUUAGAACGAGGAAAAUGGACAUUGCCAGACGGACGAGAGAUGUUACCGAAGGCUUAUGCAAGACAAAUAUUGGAACGUUUGCAUACACAAACACACUGGGGUACAAGAGCACUAAGUAAUCAUUUACUUAAACAAUUUGGUUGUAUAGGGGUUUUUGAAAUAGCAAAGCAAGUCACACAAGGUUGUUUAACUUGUCAGAAAAUAAAUAAGAAAAUAUUCCGACAGGCGGCAGCGGGAGGGAGAAAAACAGCAUAUCGGCCUUUUGAGAGAGUACAAGUUGAUUUUACCGAAUUACCUAAAGUAGGGAGGAUCAAGUAUUUAUUGGUAAUUGUGGAUCAUUUAACACAAUGGGUAGAAGCUUAUCCUGUGGCACGAGCUACGGCACAAGUGGUGACAAAAAUUUUAUUGGAACACCUGAUACCUAGAUAUGGGAUAAUCCAGUACAUUGAUUCUGACCAAGGCACACACUUUACUUCUAAAAUAAUAAAAUUAUUAUGUCAAUCAUUAGGUAUUCAGUGGGAAUAUCAUACUCCGUGGCACCCACAAAGCUCAGGGAAAGUAGAGAGAAUGAAUCAAACAAUAAAACAGCAAUUGGCUAAAUUAAUGGUUGAGACACAAAUGCCUUGGACUCGAUGUUUACCAUUGGCACUUUUAAACAUAAGAACUAAAUCACACAGUGAGACUGGAUUAUCACCAUAUGAAAUGUUAUAUGGUAUGCCUUAUUCACAGGGAAUGCCUCUGGGAGACAAUGUAGUUGAAGAUCGUAGUAUCCAGAAAUAUAUAAUUACUAUUGGGAAAAGGUUGCAAGAACUAAGAGAAAUUGGAAUACUGGUUCAAACACCACCUUUAGGAUUUGCUAUCCAUAAAAUACAACCAGGGGACGAGGUUUUAAUAAAAACUUGGAAAGAAGAAUCUUUACAGCCCCGGUGGGAGGGACCGUACCUUGUUUUACUUACCACCGAAACAGCUGUGAGAACAGCAGAAAGGGGUUGGACCCAUGCAUCCAGAGUAAAAGGACCAAUAAAUACCAAAACUUGGAGGGUUGAGUCCGCUCCUGGGGAACUGAAAUUAAAACUAAAAAGAACUAAUAUUCCGGAAAUAGGGCAUGCUUUACAUGAAACACCAGAAGAAGGGGACAAGCAAGCCCGCAAUGAAGAAAGUUUUCCAGGAGCUGAAUCACUCUCGAAAGCCGAACAGUGACACGAGUUUAAACAGAUUCUGGAGGUGGAUCCAACCCCAAGGCAUUUCUCACACCUUUACGAUACUCGCUGGACGACGCAGAAGGAUGUUAUACUUCCUGGUACUAUUCUUACAAGGGCAAUUGAGCCAUGGAAAUAAUUUUUUUAUUUUGGGGGAGGAAGUGGCUAAGGCUUUUAAUCUUAGCAAUUGCUGGGUUUGUGGAGGACCAGGAGAAGCUGAAAGUUGGCCUUGGGUAGCUGGCCCAGUCGAACCUAAGUGGUGGGUUAGUAAUUUGAGUGAGGUUCAUGAUGGAACACAGUUCUGGAAAGAGGAGGAGGACCCGUGGCAAUUGCAUUCAUCAAGAAAAGGUAUAUAUUGUUUAAACCGAACAGGAACAGUAAAAGUAGGAGAAAGCAUUUGUAAAUGGACUCUGUCCCCUGGAUAUGAAUGUACUGAUCCUGAAUGUGGACCUAUAAACUGUACAGCAAGUAAAGGGAAAUGGAAUACCACACAUGUCCAGCUAAAAAACGGGACUUGGCUGAGAUGCUCAUCGAAGGAAUUUUUUGGGCCUGGGUGUAAAGCCAUGGCAAGAGCACAAUCAAAAGGACAAUUUGACGUUCAAAUUUUGAGUUGUCAGCGUGAUAACACCACCAAUGAACAGCAUGUGGUAAAAGUCUACCGCUGGAGGUGGCAAAAUGAGAAUGGGACACAAGUUUCUUUUAAACAUUUCUGGUCAGCUCGUAAUAUGACAAAUCGUGAAGGAGAAAUUAGUUGUAAUUGUGAGUGGGAAUCUAGUGCGGGGGCUUGGAAGUGUAUGUAUACAAGCAUUAAUGAGGCAAACAUUGUAACGGGGCCUCUUGGUAAUGAGAACACCUUGUAUUUUCAUGCCCCAAGAAAUAAAAAGGAGUGGGACGGUCCUUUUCCAAAUGGGGUGUGGGCUUUAAAAGGACAUUAUUGGAUAUGUGGCAAACGGGCCUACAAAAGGCUACCAAAAGAUUGGUCAGGAGUAUGCUACGUGGGAUACAUAAGACCUUUAUUCUUUUUAUUAUCUCAAAUACAAGGGAAUCACUUGGGAAUAAAAUUAUAUGAUGAUAUUGAUAUUGAUAGGGAGAAACGAUACAUUGAUACCUCUUUAGCCGGAGGUAGUGCUCAAAAAUGGAGAGAAAACGAAUGGCCUCCUGAAAGAAUCAUACAAUAUUAUGGACCAGCUACAUGGAAUCCAAAUGAGGUAAUAUCUGGAGCUCGAGAACCUAUUUAUAAUUUGAAUCGCAUAAUUAGGUUACAAGCAGUUCUCGAAUUAAUAACUAAUCAAACAGCAACAGCUCUGGAUCUCUUAGCUGACCAAUCUACCCAGAUGAGGAAUGCUAUUUUCCAACAUAGAAUGGUCUUAGACUAUUUACUAGCAGAAGAAGGGGGUGUGUGUGGUAAACUAAAUUAUUCUAAUUGUUGCUUACGAAUUGAUGAUAAUGGAAAAGUAGUUAAAAAGAUAACCAAGGAAAUUAGAAAAUUAGCCCACGUCCCAACACAAACCUGGAAGGAUAUGGAAUGGGAUUUAUUUUCAUGGCUGCCUGGUGGACCAUGGGUUAGAAGAAUGUUAUUUUUUUUGUUAUGUAGUGUAGUUCAGCGGCUCGACCUUGACGUCAUCUGCAAGGAGAAGCAACAUCCUCAGUGCCACAGCAAGCCCAAGUUGCUUGCAGCAUUCCGAACAAGGGCCUAG